GAUAGACCCCAAAACCAAACCCCAAACGGGCCCGGCUGGAGCCGGCCGAGACCACCAUGGUCAAAAAGCGGCUGCAGUUCUGCGCGCUGCGGGAGGCGCUGGCCGUGCGCGGGCGCGCGGAGGAGCCGGCGCUGCGCAGGACGGCCCCCGAUUACUUCCUGCUGCACGUGCUGCUGCAGUUCCGGUCCGAGGCCGGCCGUGACCCGUGUCCCCGCAGUGUCGCCGAGGACUCGCAGCGCCUCCUGCGCCUGCGCCGGGAGGUGCUGGAGGCGCUGGGGGUGGGGCCGCAGCUGCUGCCGGAGCAAUUCCACAG